AUUUUAUUUUAAAAUCUUUUUUAGAAAUACCUAUGUGGAUUCCCAGUGGGAAAAGCUGAGUGCAAGUAUGGCAAACUUAAACCAGAAAAAGGAAAGAAGAGUUUUGUUGGAUCCUGAUCAAGAUUUGAACAGAUCAACACAAUCCCUUCUACCUGGAGAGGGGGAGGGCUGGAGGGAAGGGGGCGGAGCUGCCGAGGGGCGGGCGACUUUCCCCCGCACCCAGUCCGUCACAGUUUUAAAUCAUACAACAGCUAGGAAUAAUGUGGAGGUUCCAGAAAAUCGUCUUCAGCUACUAAGUCCUCAUCAAACUAGAAUUAGAGACUCAAUGGAGAGAAUAAAUGUUCCUUCAUGGUUCUCCCAGCGACCAACAGAUGGAGUUGAUUCCAGUUCACCGGCCCUCGCCUCUAGGCGCAGUACGGCAGGAUCUAGAGCAGGGGGAUGGAGACGUCACGUGACAGGGAAAUCAGCUGUUCCACCCACCCCCACAACAGUUGAUCAUAGCAGAUCCCGAUGGACGUCUAAAACCCUUCCUUUAUCCUACAAGACGGCCUCCUUUACGUCCUUGAACUCUACCCCGACCUCAACCCCGUCCUCCACCCUCACUAGGAAACCGUAUCUGGGCUGGAGAUCACAGGAACGCCUUGAUAUUGGGCCCGCCUAUCUUGCCACGCCCACUCAGCGCCUAGCCAGCACCGCCACAUACACCAAUCUCCCGCCCCCUCCCCCUAGAUCCAACACCCUGCCUCCCUCUGCCCGUGUUGCCUUGAGUAAAAACAUUAAACAAGUCUCAGAGGAAAUCAUUGAUUAUUGUAAAACAGAGUCAGACUCGCCCAGUAGCCGAGAAACCACGCCCAUGAGUUCUAGUCCCGCCCCAUCCUCCCCAAGCCCACCGCCUAAACCUAUGGAGGCGUGGUCUGACACUCCUAUGCACAGCAAUGGGCGUAACCAUAUGAUUUUUGCGUGAAGGAGAAACCGUGAUUAUUUUCAGACUAUUUCUGAUGUCGACUUUUACUAAACAUUUUAAAAGAAAAAACUCGUUAAUCAGCAAAUUGCUGUGUUGUUAUAAAAAUUAAAAAAU